ACAUCGUAUCGCUCCACAUCUAUCUCAUACAUUUCGAUAAAUCCACGGAGUAGGUACGAAUGUGUACUGUCACUCUAUACAGAAAACAACACCCGAAACCUUGGCUGACACGAAGUCACGUGGAUCAUCGGGCGGGCCAUUGGCUUACCUAAUGUCAGGUGGGAUCAUCAAACAAACAAGAGAAACAAACAACUUGAAUCCGGGGUAUCGAAUACCAUACUAGAGGACCACCGAUAGGAAUUGAUUUUCACCUUGACGUUUCAGAUUACGGCGCUGGACCUCCACCGCCCAUACCUACGCCCAUCCAUGGCCCAUAACAAUGACGACUCCGCUAUCCCUGCGCACAUUCCUGCCUUCGCUAAACCGCUUGCUCCUUACAUCAAAAGUCGCCAGGAAGCCCUACGCAUCCGACAGGUCCUAACCUCCUACCUCCGAUCGCAAAUUACGUUUGCCGAUGAUAAUCCCGAUCACCCAAAUGUCCAUGCCCGAUCCCAUCUCUCUUUAUGCGUACCUCAAGAUGCCGUUGUCGAUGUGAAGCGUAUUCCGCCAGAAUUGACGGGACUAAGAAAGGAAUAUCUACAAGCAUUGCAGGCAAAUGUGAAUGCAAGGAAGGAAUACCGUUUGGUGUCUGAGAGGUAUACUUCCGGGAAGCCACAGGGUCAACCUACUGGUGGCGUCGACACACACUCCGUUGAUCCCAACUCAGAACUCCAAGCUUAUCUCGAACUGCUCCGCGACCGUCGCCGGCACGCGAAGCUCCAAGUCUUUCAGCGUUAUUUGGAAGAGCUUAAGAAACGAGAUAUAAUCAGACCAGAGGACUUCGAUACUGUAGGAAAUCGCAGCCAACAGUUUUCCCUGCCAACAGAUUCGGAAGAAGAUCAAAAUGGAUGUACCUCCGAAAAUGGAAUUGAGAACUUGAUGCAUAACCUUGAAAGGGCCGUGCUACGCGCGAGAAAUCAACUAGAGCGAGAAAAGAGACUACUCGAGGAGCUGAAGGCGCAGCAUAAUACUGAGGAUGGUUCUGACAACAAUGGUAUUGAUUCUGGCGCAAAGGUUACUGCGCUACAGCAAACCCGAGAUGUCUUGGUACAAUGGGUCGAGGAAAAAUUGGGGAGUGUUGGGAACAACGAGGAUGGUCCUGUGCAGGAGUUGUCUCCCGAAGAAAUUGAGAAGUCAGCCCAAUUGCUGGAAGACCAGAAAGCACAGAUCGCAGAACAGUAUGCCGCCUACGUUGAUGCUCGCAAGCGUCUUCUCGAUGCAGCUUCUAGGGCAUGCCAGCCCAUCGGCACCAGCUCUGUGCAACCUGCAAGUCGCCCCACAGAGAAACAAAAAAUUACCCCUGAGGAGACGCCAACCUUAGAGCCAGUGGAUGUCCUAUCUUUCGCGGAUGAACAGCUCCUCCCACUUUCGAGAUGCCAACGGGCACUAGCUUUGCAGAAAUUCUACCUGACUGGAACUCUCGCAAAAGAAAAAUCCACGACUCUGCGCAUCUUGAAUCGGCUGAGAGAUGAGAGUCAUCUUCUUCCGGAGUACCCUAUGCUUGCUCGGCAGCCACGAUUUAAACAUGCGGCUGCGGCUAUAAACGCCCGUCAUGCCCAUAUGCCGGUGGAGCCAGCAAAACCUGAUGAGGUUGUUGCACUAGCUCAAGCAUGGGCCUUUGCGUCGGAAGCGGCAGGGACGAGUGGACGGGAAAAUGUGGAACACAGCCUUGAAGAAGGUAUCAAAACCGCCCAAGAUGCGGAGCAGGCCUUGCAAGAAGUUUACGAUAUAUUGGACCAGGACCUAGAGGAGGCUUUGCGGCACAAGGUAGAUCAAGAUGAGGCAGAAUCAUCCAAAUCGCGCAUAAGACCAAGGGCUAAAGGACCAUGGACUAAGCUUGACGGACAAAUAGGAGUUACGGAAUGAUAGAGCCAUUAGAUAAAACAAGCUAGUCGCAACCCUGAAC